AUGUGUCACAGAAGCUGGAAGCGAGGCAAAUAUGACAAUUCAAACCCAUGGGCCUGGAACGGCGGCUUCCCCUACGGUGGAAGCCACAACAGCUUCUCUUGGAACAACAACACCGGAAAUACCACCUCGACCAACUGUGGCAACACGACGUCGGAGAACUGCGGUAAUACGACCACCAACUACAACAGCAGUAGGAAUGUGACCACAUGGGCCGAUACUGCGACCGCCUACCACUACAAUAACAGUGGGAACAGGACCACCCGGACCGGUGGUAUCUCGGCGAAUGGAAGAAAUGCGAGUAAGGGGGGCACCACGGGUGGUGGGUCCGAUUUGGCAUCGUUUUUCUUCAGAUUGCCAGAUGAUGUUGUGGUUGGUAGUGGUGAGCGUAUUUCUUUCGGCUGA